GAGAUCUGUGCAGCUGCUGAGUGUGUGAGCAGGACGUACCAAACCGAGCGAAGUGACAGGGUUUUCUGGGCCAGUCAUGACCAAAUAUUUUACCCGUGUGAAAAAGCACAGAGUCUAUGCCUGGAAAGGGAGACCUUCCAUAAAAGACAGAAAAUUACUGAAUCUGCAUUAUGGAGGGCUCGAUAUAAAAUCUGAAGGCAUUGGGUGUAUAACGGUAACUCCUGGAGACUUUGUUCUGAUAGAAGGGGAAAAUGAGGAGAGACCAUUUGUUGCAAAGCUCCAAGAAUUAUACGAUGAUGGAAAUGAAAAACACACAAGCAAGCAUGCCAUUGUACAAUGGUUUUUAAGGUAUGAAGAAGUGCCAUACAAGAAGCGAGCCCUACUUGGGCGGGAGCCUCAUCAAGAGGAAAUAUUCUUGUAUGACGUCCCUUCCUGUGAAAAUGACAUUGAUGCAGAGACAAUUAUUGGAAGUGUUAAGGUAACACAGUUGAAACCAGGAGAGAAUUUCCCUGUAGAAAAAGAUGCUGGAAUACUAUUUGUGAAGUUGGCAUGGAACGGGAAAGCCUUCAAGCCAUUAACUUCCAGUAUUUGUCAUAAAUAUGGAGAGAUUGCAGCAAACAAUCACCUAGAGGAUCAUAAUUCUUUGCCAAAGCCCCUCUUCUAUCCGUUGGAGGGAGAUACUGCCGAAAUCAAGCAAAUCACUCGCAGUGCAACCAGGGGACAAAGAAACGAGGCAGAAGUAGAGUCAAGACAUUCAGCUUCCAAGAGCUCCCAUUGUAAGGAGAGAGGGAUUCAGAGAGUCUCUAGUACAACCAGCACUCCUGGAGCUAGAAAGAAGCUGCAACUAAGUAGUCCAACAAAAUCUGAAGUCUCUAGCCUUGAGCAAGAGGACACCACAUUGGAUGAGGAAUUCAAAAUGCUGGAAUCCAUAGCUCCCAAGCGGAAAGUGGCAUUUAGCGGAAUCCCUGAUUCACCACAAAAGAAAGUCCUCAGCGACAUCCCUAAUAGUGCUAGUAUCUUGCCAUUAAAGGGAAACGCAAAUAGUCAGACAAGACUCCGUUUAAGACUGACUCCAUUGAGACUUCCGCUGGAACAAUCAUGCAGCAGUCUGCCAGAGAACCAGAGUAAAAACUGCAUAGAAGUGAAUGGAAAUAAAGCUGUUGAUAAUGGAAGACCUGUUAAGUCUAAAACACCCCAAAAACUGGAACCCACACCAAAGAAAGGCACGUCUCGACCUUUAAAAAGGUCUGAGGAAGACUUUGAGGGAGACCCACAGACACCCCGUUCCCGCAGGACAUCUGCUCGGAAGACUGCAAACAAAGUCCGUGCUCAACUGAAGGCUUUAAUGGACAGUGAUGACGAUGUUGAUGAGGACAAAGACUUUGUUCCAAUAAAAGAGACUUGUACACCCAGUGACAGUGAAGAAGAGAACGAACAAGAGGAAGUGCCUUUAAAAAGGAAUGUAAAGAGAGGAUGUGCUACACCUAGAACACCAACCUCCUCCAGAAAAACCUCUUCAAGAACACCCAAUAAAACACCCACCUCCAAAACGCUACAUUCUGCAACUCCUAGAAUUCCAGAGCGGAACCAGCCAGUUAAAAAACCGAGCAAUAUGCUGGAGGAAGCCAGAAUUAGACUUCAUGUCUCUGCUGUGCCUGAAUCACUGCCCUGUCGGGAGCAAGAAUACCAAGAUGUUUAUAACUUUGUGGAAAGCAAGCUUUUAGAUGGCACUGGGGGAUGCAUGUACAUCUCUGGGGUACCAGGUACAGGAAAAACAGCCACUGUUCAUGAGGUGAUUCGCAGUUUACAGGAAAGUGCAGAGGAAGAAGAGCUGCCUAUGUUCCACUACAUUGAAAUAAAUGGCAUGAAACUGACUGAUCCUCAUCAGGCCUAUGUGCAGAUCCUGAAGCUCUUAACUGGCCAAAAAGCCACAGCAGAUCACGCUGCAGCACUCCUGGAGAAGCGCUUUAGCACCCCAGCAUCCAAAAAAGAAACUACAGUGCUCUUGGUGGAUGAGCUGGACUUAUUGUGGACAAGAAAACAGAAUGUCAUGUAUAGUUUGUUUGACUGGCCGACCAGAAAACAAGCAAAAUUGAUUGUCCUGGCAAUAGCAAAUACUAUGGAUCUGCCAGAGAGGAUCAUGAUGAAUAGAGUGGCCAGCAGACUGGGUCUCACCAGGAUGUCCUUCCAGCCUUACACUCACAAACAGCUGCAGCAGAUAAUUACUUCUAGGCUAAAUCACAUCAAAGCUUUUGAUGAUGAUGCUAUUCAGCUUGUUGCAAGAAAGGUGGCUGCACUGUCGGGAGAUGCUCGCAGAUGCUUGGAUAUAUGUCGUAGAGCCACAGAAAUAUGUGAGUUUUCUCAUUCGAUGGCUGACUCAUCUCUGGUUAAGAUGUCCCAUGUGAUUGAAGCAUUGGAGGAAAUGUUUUCUUCACCUUAUGUAACUGCAAUCCGAAACUCUUCGUUAAUGGAACAGACAUUCCUACGGGCUGUAAUUGCUGAAUUUCGCAGAUCUGGACUUGAGGAGGCUACUUUUCAACAGAUAUAUCGACAGCAUGUUGCACUGUGCAGGAUAGAGGGAUUGCAACCUCCACAGAUGUCUGAGACCAUGGCUGUGUGCCAUAGACUUGGAGCCUCUCGGCUACUCCUGGUGGAAUCAAGCAGAAAUGACCUUCACCUAAGAGUGAGGAUAAACGUCAGUCAGGAUGAUAUUAUGUAUGCCCUGAAGGAGGAAUGAUUUCUCCUUUGGUUUCUUUAAGAUUUAACAGCAAAUUAAUGUAGAAAGAACACUCUGAACCAGCAUUAUAAAUAAUCAUGUGCACAUCAGUUUUUAAUAUCCAUGGACUACUUUUGGCAAAACUAUUUUAUUAACUAAUAUAAUAAAGUUUGUGUAUAUUUUGUUUUAUCUGGGUGUGAUGUUUUAUUUAAUAUUUUUUAAAAAUGUUUGCUGAAUUACUGCAUUCUGUCAUUGUAAGUUUAGACAGUAGAAGGCAUAUCUUAAUGCCAUCAUCCAGUUUCCAACAUAGCGUUCCCUCUUGUAUUGUAAGCUUGCUGUUGCAACUUCUUUAAUCAAUAGCCAGUCAUAUUGGGGGAGAACAAAAAGGCAUGCAUGGAAUUUGCAAUAAAGUUAAAAAUGUCAUAAAAAA